CUCGCAUCCCUCCUGCCACUCUCCACAUCAUGCUCGACUCGUUCGAAAUCAUCUCCACCUCGGGCGUCGUGCUCUGGUCCAGGAAAUAUGCCCCAGUCGCAAAGGCCACCAUCGACACCUUCUUGCGCGAACUCAUCGAAGGUGUCAUCACCGAAGACCUCUCAGCUGCCCAGAAGCCGACCUACAAGGCCAAGGAUGGCUUGACUCUGAAAUGGACUACCGCCAAGGACUUUGGUCUCAUCUUUGUAGCCGUCUACCAAUCGCUGGUCCACCUUACUUGGAUAGACAAAUUGCUCGACAACGUCCGCGCCCUCUUCACCGAGCUCUACAAGGACCAGCUCAAGAAGUCCAAUACUAGCGUCAUCAAUUGCCCCUUUGAUGGCUACUUUGACAGACAAGUUCAAGAGCUAGAACCGCAUGGCGACAGUACUGCCACGCGCAGCCUCGAGCCUGCGCCUACCGCCGACUACACUCCCCCUUCAAGCUCGGGGACUGAUCGUGCCGAUCUGGCUCCACCUAUGCCCGGCUUGCGCAAGCCAACGCCAAAACCGCUUUAUAGCAACAACACUUCGACCGACGUUACACCCAUUCCCACACCCGAUACGUCGCGUCCUGCUUCUCCGGCGGUUAGCCAUCUUUUGACCGCAAAGGGCGGACCCGGAGGACGCCAAUCACGCCGUGCCAGGAAGAAGGGCGCGGCAGUGUCUGGACCCAUGUCAUCCGGAGACGAGUCUCCCGCCAGAAAGUCGACUCCCUCCAAGGGAGCAGCAAAGAAAGGGAGAAAAUGGGAUGAGUUUGGUGCCGCAGAUGAAGAGGAUGACUCUAUUUUGGAUUACUCCGCGGCAUCACUUGAGGGAGAUGCACCGACCGCAACCACAGUGGAAUCCGUUGAUUCCGAGACAUGGGGCAAGAGGACGGGCAAGGGCGAAUUUGUGCUGAAAGAUUUGGAUGAAGAGAUGGACUCGAUUUUGGCUUCCGCGAACGCUAAAAAGGAUACCGACGAAGCCGCACCUGGAGGUAUAGUCGGGUCGAGCCUCGGCGCCAUCGGUGGUCUUUUCAGGAACGUUGUUGGCGGCAAGACGCUUACAAAGGAGGAUCUGGCUAAGCCGCUGAAAGGCAUGGAAGAUCACCUUCUGAGGAAGAAUGUGGCCCGCGAGGCUGCGGUCCGCCUCUGCGAGAGCGUUGAACAGGAUCUAGUCGGUGUCAAGACCGGCAGCUUUACUAGUGUUGAAACUACGCUGCGCAAUGCCAUGGAAUCCGCUCUCCGCAAGAUUCUGACUCCAACAACCUCUCUGGAUCUUCUCCGUUCCAUUCAAAAUGUUACCAACCCCUCUUCGCUCUCUAUGCAGAGUUCCCGCCCCUACGUCAUUUCCAUUGUCGGUGUCAACGGCGUGGGCAAGUCCACCAACCUCUCCAAAAUUGGCUUCUUCCUUCUCCAGAACAAGUUCCGCAUCCUCGUGGUGGCGGCUGAUACUUUCCGUUCGGGUGCUGUCGAGCAACUCCGAGUUCACGUUCGCAACUUGCAGGAGCUUAGUGCUCGUGAAGGUGGCUCUGUUGAUCUUUACGAGCGCGGUUACGGCAAGGACGCUGCGAACAUUGCUCAAGAUGCUGUCAAGCAUGCCGCUGUCUCUGGUUAUGACGUCGUUCUUAUCGACACAGCCGGCCGUCGCCACAACGACCAGCGUCUCAUGUCGUCGCUGGAAAAGUUUGGAAAGCUCGCCAAUCCCGACAAGAUCCUCAUGGUGGGCGAGGCGCUCGUUGGCACAGACUCGGUGGCGCAGGCACGCAACUUCAAUGCGAGCUUUGGCGCUGGUCGCAAGUUGGAUGGUUUCAUCAUCUCCAAGUGCGACACUGUUGGGGACAUGGUUGGAACGCUGGUAAGCAUGGUCCAUGCGACCGGCAUCCCCGUCCUCUUCUUGGGCACGGGGCAGCACUACAGUGACCUGAGGACGCUGAAUGUCAGCUGGGCUACCAAGCUUUUGAUGAGCUAGGUGAGGGGUCUCUUGUCGAUGCCCGCACAGUUCCAAAGCUCUGUGAGCUAUGUUUUGACGCUUCCCCGCUUAAAUGAUAGAUAUGUCCAUAGCGCCUACGUUGGUUAAUGUACGAUU